UAUAUUUGCAGGGACUAAAAACAUAUUUAAAGUGAAAAAAGAGUGGACAACAAUGUUUUGUCAAGCUGAACGGAUGAAAAUGGAGCUUGCUCUUAUAUCAUCUCUGCGUUCACAGUGUGGAUUGCUUUUUCCUCACUCCGCCACGCCCAUCUCGGCCUCUGCCACCCAUCUCCACCUCAAAGAGCUCAGGAACAACAGAAAUUCGUACAUUUACUGCACUAAGAACCCCGGGUGUGAAGGUGAUCAGAGGGUGAGAGAGCAAUCAUUGAGCAAAAGGAGAGAUCUUUUGCUUCAAGCAGCUACCUUUCUUGCUGCAUCCUCAUCCCUUUCUGCAUUUAAUACUUUAGUUGCACGUGCUCAAAAUGAGGCAGUGACAGAAUUUCGUGUAUAUACCGAUGAUGUAAACAAGUUUAAGGUAUCCAUUCCAAGCGAUUGGGAAAUUGGGUCAGGAGAGGGUGAUGGAGUGAGGUCACUCAUUGCCUUCUAUCCUCAAGAACCUUCUUCAAGCUCAAAUGUGAGCAUAAUGAUCACAACUCUUGGUGCUGACUUCACCACAUUGGGAUCCUUUGGAAGAGUGGAUGCUUUUGCAGAUAAUCUGGUUAGUGGAUUGGACAGAAGCUGGAAACGACCUCCAGGAGUAAAAGCAAAGCUCAUAGAUUGCAAAUCUGCUAAUGGGUUGUAUUACAUUGGUUACACGCUGCAAAAUCCCGGAGAAAGCAUGCGGCAUCUAUCCACAGUUCUUGGAAUAGCAAACAAUGGUUUAUACAACCGAUUGUAUACCAUUACUGGACAGUGUGUAGAUGAUGAGUCAGAGAAAUACUGUGCCAAAGUUGAGAAGGCAGUGGCAUCUUUCAGGUUCAUCUAAG